AUGGAUCGAAGCAGGCGUGCUGGUAUCAUUAUUCCUUCUGGAAACAGGGAUUUGCUCAAAGAUCUAUCCAGAGAUCCUUCCAACUUGAGACGUUCGUUUACCUCAUUGACUUUGGAAGGUCUGUUGAACGCACCACAAUCCGAAGUUGAUGUGUACUCAGAUGCAAAUCAGAACACUAACCGUGACAAAAAUCGAUUCAGCGUGGCAUCAGAGGAUACUGAGUUUGACGAUAAAGAGAACAGGAGACGAAGCUCAAAGCGGUUUUCCAUGGCUUCUACUGUCUCUUCAUCUUCAAGUUUCAAGACCGUUGCUCAAAAAGUCGCAAACAAAAUCACUUCAGUCUCAGUGCACUCUGAUUCUUCAAGAGAAAGUACUCCCUUGAGAUCCACCUGUAAACCAGGGGUUGUGGGGAUUAACCGAUCUUCUACUGCUAGUUUCUCUGCUGAUUCAAGAAGAAACUCACGGAUCUCGGACCAUGAUACCGAUUCCUUACAAACAUCUGCUGCAAGUAAGAAAAGAUUCUCCUUAAGGAUGACUCCUUCCGCUGAAUCAAGCUCAUUUGUACCGGAAACUUCCACUCAAUCACUCAGAAACUCUAUUUCAAUGAGGUCAUCACUCUUUAGACCCAGGCUCAAUUCAUUUAACUCUGAGCAGGACACUAGUUCCAUAGCCUCCACGGCAACAUCACAUACUUUGCGCCUUCGAAAAUCAUUUAGAUCUCUCAAGAGCAAAGUUUCUUUGGAGUCUAUCAAUUCUUUCGAUAAAACCCAAAUUUCAUUGCCUGUCCCCCAGGCGUCUUCUAAGGACAAGCUCAAGCAUAAAUUGAAGAACUCGUCGUCAAUCUUAUCUAUCAACACCAUUGACUCUCAGGAAACCAAAGUUGAAUCCAUUCCUCAAGAGGAAUUCGAUAGUUACCAGUUUAGCCAUCUCUUAAGUCUUUGUACGUUGUCCAAAUCAGUUGUACCGUUUGCGAAGUUUGUUGCUGCAAGACUCCAAAAACAGGUGAAGCUAGUCAAAAUCAACGAAGAAUCUCACAGCGAGAUCUUCGUUGAAUCAUGUCCGAUUACUGGCUCUCCACAAUCCGUUUGGAAAGUCAUUCCUUUUGGCAAGGACGAAUUUGAUCAAACCCCAAUACGUGACUUGAUUCAGGAAGUAUCCAUUACUCAAAGACUUAGCAAUUUGGAAGGCUUUGUACAAUUGCAAGGAUGCGUUGUCGUAUCUGGAAAAUACCCUAAGGAACUCUUGCACUGCUGGGAUAAUUAUAAUAGUUCUAUCAAUAGCAGACCAGAUUUCUACACUGAAAACCAAAAUUACUUGGUGAUGAUUCUCAACUACGGUGGAACUAAUCUCUCCAAAGCUCAUCUAUCCAGCUGGACUCAGGUAAAGGAGCUGUUUUGGAAUAUAGUCAAACUGAUUGAAAAAGCCGAAAACCUGUACGGGUUUGAGCAUCGGGAUCUCCACUGGGACAAUAUAGUUGUUGAUGGCAACAUGAAGCCAACUCUAAUAAAUUAUGCAUAUUCACGCAUAGAGGGACCCCACCAAGUCUUAUUUACAGGACUAAGUCAUCAAAACUUCUUCAAGGGCCGAGGAAAUUACCAGUUUGAAAUUUACAGGCUCAUGAGACAGAAUUUGAAGGAUGGUGACCCUCACAGCAAUAAUAAAAGAAGCAGUCUACGCAGCUCGAGAAGUGUGUCAAGUCAUUCCCUUUCAUCGCUACUAAAGUACGAAAAGCAUGAUGAGGAAGUCGAUUGGUCACAAUUGUGUCCACAAACCAACCUAUUAUGGAUUCAUUAUCUGCUGGAUAAGUUACUGUACAACAAUGGUCUGAAACAUUUCACUCUGCAAGACAGAAGGGACAACGACGAAUACCGGGCAUUUGUACAAAUGAUGAUUGUAUACAAGUCCCUGGAUCCUCGUAUUCCUAAGAAGUCAAGAUUCAAAACAAGACGCAAAAAGGGUGAGUGGGAGACAUUUCACGAUUUUCAUCGCACUACGGAUGUACUAGUUUGGGCUGGUCGCAAUGGACUGCUGGAAACUUAA